AUGGAUACCUCCUCGGUCCUCGACUACAGCCUUCAGUACCAGUGGUGCUCCGACUCGGACCUCUCCAGCAUCUCCUCUCCAGAAACCCUCUCUCCUGUCUCCUCUAUGGAUUCAAGCCUCUCUCCCUCGUACCAGCAGCUGCCCCAGUCCACUCCUAAGGCAGUUAAGACCGGAUAUUCCCAGAACCUUACAUCUUUGCCCUGCUCCCUCUCUAAAGGGGGGCGGAAGGCGGGUCGAGCCAGGACAACCCGGAUUCGAAGCAAGCAGAGGGAGAGCGCCAGUGAGAAGGAGAAGCUAAGGAUGAGGGAUCUGACCAAGGCCCUGCAUCACCUCAGGUCCUACCUCCCCCCUUCGGUGGCUCCGGCCGGGCAGACUCUGACCAAGAUCGAGACCCUGCGCCUCACCAUCCGUUACAUCUCCUACCUGUCGGCCCAGCUCGGCCUCAGCGAGGAGGUGCUGUUUCAGAGGAGGGAACAAGGAGACAUGUCUGCCAGCGGCGCCUCCUCACCUGACAUCCUCAGCUACUUCCAGCACAGCUCUAUCGGAAGCCAAGAGGCCCAGCUGCAGAACCAGAGCCUGAACCAGGGUCUGUACACAGCCCAGUGCCACAGCCAGCCUGCCUCAAUGCACUCUGGGAACUGUGGUUUUGGAAUGACCCUGGAUCAGUACAGCAGACAGUACAGCGAAGCUCCACAGGGAGACAUCAGCAUGGACACUGUGCUGCAGUCGCCUUCAUCAUCACAGCCAUCCUGUCAGAUGUGUGGCAAAGACUUCUGCCACCCUUUGGUUCCCAGAGAGUAUUGGGGUUAA